UCGAAUUGAUUCAAUAUAUUGGGUAUACGCAACGUGUUUUCGGUUCUGUUUUUUUUUUCAUUUUUAAUUUCAAAUUUUUUUCUUUGGUCUUUCAUUAACGAUGGCCAAUAACGGUACUAAUCUGAAAGAAAUCAUCUGCCAUAAUCUAAAUCAGGCACUUUCAAUGGAUAAAAAUAUUCGUGAAAAUGCUGAGCAACAAUUGAACAUGUUGGAAACGAAUGAAGAUUACGGUCUUCAUUUAAUGGAAAUAACUCUUAGUGAAAAUUUAGAUUUUUCCAUACGACAUUUAGCUUCGGUAUUGUUGAACCGGUAUAUUGCUAAACAUUGGUGUGAUACAGCAGAUAAAUUUGAGCCACCUGAAGUGCCAGAUCCUGUUAAACAAUUGAUACGUGAUUAUCUUCUGAAAUCAUUAGCGAUUGCUAUCGCUGACGAGGAUAAUAUGCCAACAACCAUUCGAAAAUUAUUAAGUUCAUUUGCACAUUCAAUUAGUAAUAUUGCACAAUAUGAUUGGCCACAACAUUGGCCGCAGCUUUUUCCAAUGCUGAAUCAAUAUCUAAUUUCCGGAUCACAAAGUGCCAUUUAUAGUUCAUUGAAAGUUUUCAAAGAAAUAGCACACGAAAUAACCGAUACACAAAUACCGGACGUAGCGCCCGUAUUGUUGCCACAACUUUUGAACAUAUUCACUUCACGAAAAUUUGCCAUCCGUACUAGUACAAAUGCAAUCAAAAUAUUCGGCAUAAUUUCCGAAACGAUUAUGGUGAUGAAUGAAUUAGAUAAGAAUGCUAUCAAAAAUCAUCUUGCAGAAUUUAUCCCUCGAUUCACCGAAUAUUCUAUUGAAAUUCUUAUGACACCUGAAACCAGUGAUACGGUUGAUAUUGGUAUGAAAAAAGAGGUCAUUUUCAUUCUAACCAAAUUGUUGCGUUAUUGUCGGAAAUAUAUGAAAACUUAUUUACCGAAAAUUCUGGGACUAAUUUGGCAACAUUUAACAACAUCAGCACAAAUCUAUGUGAAAUUUAAAGUUAAUUCUGCUGAUGGUGAUUUCAAUGAUUCACUUUCAGAAUCUGUAGAUUCAGAUGGAGAAACAAUCGGUUUCGAAAGUUUAAUCUAUACGAUUAUUGAUUUUGUUAAUUCAACAUUUGAAUUUGCUAAAUAUCGUGUGCUUAUCAAACCUGUUCUUUCGGAUCUUCUCUAUUAUCUUCUCUGUUAUGUACAAAUGACUGAUGAACAAAUAGAAAAAUGGCAAUCCAAUCUUGAUCAAUUAAUCGAAGAAGAUGAUAUUGAUACAUCGGCAUUUUCUCUUAGAAUUGCUGCACAGGAUUUAAUAAUGAAUCUAGCUCGUGAUAUGACUACGUUGAAUGAUAAACAUUGUAAAAAAGAUGAUGAACUAUUUAAAAUCGCAUUCCUUCAAGCAAUUCAACGACAUUUUUCCGAAGCAUCUGAAUUGGAAAAGACACAAAAAGCACGACAAAUUUCGCCGCAAACUUGGUGGAAAAUUAUUGAAUCGUGUCUAUAUGUGAUGGGAAUUCUUUCAUCGACCAUUAUUUAUACGAUAAAAAGUGGUAAAAAUACUGCAAAUGAAUAUAAAAGCAUAUUGGAUAAUGUUUUAUUGAAUCUAAACAUGACCGAAUCAUUUAUGGCCGGUAGAUCAUUGUGGACAGCUAGCCGUUUUUCACAAAUCAUGAAUGAUCAAUCAUUGGAUAAUUUUCUGCGAAUAACAUCAACAUUAUUGAAUACCGUUGAAGCUCCGAUAUUACGUGUGUAUGCAUUGCGUGCAACUUAUUAUUUUUUCGAAAAUGUUCAAAUGAAUCAACGAGUUUCGGUGAUCAAACCACAUCUCCCACAAUUUCUACAAGGAUUAAUUUCGAUCGGAAUGAAUUGUAAUAGUGAUACUCUCUAUCUUAUCCUACAGAUCAUUGAUCUCCUUUUAGAGUUGGAUUCCGAAUUCACUGCUACUGUAUCGAGUUCAAUUUGUUCAAUUUCCCUAUCAUCAUUUCUACGUUUUCCCGAUGAUGCUAUCAUAUUUGAUGUUGUACUUUCCAUUUUGGAUCGACUUUUCUCAACUGAUCAAUGUUUUUCUGAAAUUCAAAAACGCUUAUUGCCAAUUAUUGUUGCAAUUUUGCACUCUAAUCCUAAUGAUCCAAACGUUUCCGAAUUGAUAUCUAACCAUAAGAUUCCACCACAAAAUAUGGCCAUACUACAACCACAAGCAUUGGAUAUGCUUACCAAAAUGAUUAAUCAUUCGAAUGGAUUGAAUGAUUUUAUGAUACAAAAAGCUUAUCCUUCGAUGAUUAAUUGUAUAAAUAAAGCAUUUAAGGAUAGUUCGGCAAUAUUUCAAAGUGGUACAGAAUGUUUAAGUGCUUUCCUGAAAAAAGGUUCCGAUUUCAUUGCUCGUUACGUUGAUCCAACUACAAAUCAAAAUGGAAUCAUUUUGGCUUUGAAUAUUUGCAUCAAUCUAUUGAAUCCACAUACAUCUGAUUCGGCCGCUUCAUACGUUGGUCGUGUAAUCGUCAUUCUAAUAAUGAAAUCUAAUCAGAUUAUUGGACAUGAAAAUAUUCAACAUUUAUUACGAUCCACAUUGGUUCGAUUAAAUACAAGUAAAGAAUUGCCGAUCAUGCAAAGUUUAAUAUUGGUCUUUGCACAUCUAUUAUAUACUGAUUUAUCGACCAUAUUAGUGUUCCUGAAUUCAUUACCAGCGCCGGAUGGUACGAAAUCAGCAUUGGAAUUCGUUAUGGAUAAAUGGCUUGGUAUUCAACGAUAUUUUCAUGGUUAUGAAAAUAAAGCAUCAACGGUUGCAUUGUGUCGACUGUUUCAACAUGCACUACAACAACAAGCAAAUAAUAAUCAAGAUAGUAAUAACAGUGGUGAUAUGAAUUUCAUAAAUCUCAAUCAAAUUCAAGUUUCUUGUGAUGAUGAAUUUGAUUGUGAUAGUUCACAAACAGCAAGAACUCGUUCACAAACGGCAAACCAAAACAAGAAUGUAAAGAAACGUUUUGUUCCUUGUACAUUGAAGAUAUUGAAAUUAUUAAUAAAUGAAAUGGUUCACAUCCGAGAAUAUAAAGCCGAACAAAAUGCUAAUGAUGAAGAAUAUGAUGAUGAUGAUUCUGAUGAUGAGAUCGAUGAUGAAGAUGAUCAAUAUGAAGAUUUGGAUUCAUCAAUGAAAAUUGCUACUGCCAAACAAGGACAGCAAAUGAUUGAUCUAACUGAUUUAUUGUUGACAGACGAUGGUCAUAUUGAAGAUCAAGAUGACGAUGAAAUUCUUAGCGAAGAAAUCGGUAACCUUGAUCUUGAAAAUGUAUUGCAAACUUUUCUUAGUGAAUUUCGGCAUCUUCCGAUGGCCAGAGAUUUUAUUGUUCAUUUAACACCAACCGAAUCGGAUCUGUUGGGACAGCUUUGAUUUAUUUGUUAUUAUUAGUUUUAUAUGUUUAUUUCAAUUUUUAUAUCGACAUUUUCCAUCAAAUAAAAUAUUA